AAUACAAAACAUGGUUUCAAUGAUAAUUAUUUAUCUUGCAAUUUGGACAAGAGUUGCUGUGGAAAUGGCGAGCGACGGAGCAAAAGAGAGCGCAUGCGCAAGUAUGUUUCCAAUGCAUUAUGCAGAAGAACAAUUGAGAGCGCCGCCAUAUGAACUUCAGGUGUCAUCUACUACUUACAGACCUUCAUCAAAUAUUUCAGUACUGCUCAGGUCCAAUGAAAUAACGGGCUUUAAAGGAUUUUUGUGUCAACCAAGACAUGACUUAGAUAAGUAUAUAACGUUUGGAAAACUGACACCAAGUGGAGAUGUAAGCAUGACAAAUAACUGUAAACAGGCAGCGUCACUUACCCAUACAAAUGCCAGCAGAAAAUCAUCUAUUAGCUUCACAUGGACAGCACCAGCAGUAAAUUCUGGAAACAUCGUAAUCAUAUGCACAGUUGUUCAGCAGUUUAAUACAUUUUGGACGAAUAUAACUUCACCUGUUAUAUCAUUUUCUGAUACCAUUUCAACAAAAAGUAGUUCGUUUACGACUUCUUCGUUAUCAAUCUCUACAAACAAGACAAUGUCAACGCUUAGUUCACUACUCACGGAUAAUACGAUUAUUACAAAUGAAAGUGUUUCAAUAACCUCUUCACAUCCAGUAACUACACAAACAAUGGACAGUACAUCUUUUUUACCAACUGUGGUUGUUAAUAAAACGACAAAUAUUCCAACAUUGACGACUGGUGAAAUCAGCUCCGCAAACGUUCCUAGUUUAGUUCAUUGUAAUAUAUUCUGUGCCGUGUUUUACAUUUUCAAGAAUAUUCUCAACUGAACCAUAUAUAGAUUUGUUCGACAAAUGAAAUGUGAUGGCAAUUAUAUGAAUUAGGCCCUAUCACCAUCUUUUUAUAUUUAUAUUUAGAUUAUUUGUUAAUGUUCAUAUGUGUUAUGAUAGUUAUUGCUAUUAUUAUUGUUUUACUAUCUUUAUAGUUAUGCAGUUACAAACUUUGCUAGAUAAACUAUCAUAAGUGCCUAAAAAUUUAAAUUCCUGAAG